AUGGACCGCGUAGUCCAACUGAAGAGGGUCGAUGCUGGAGAUGCGGAAGCCGCGUUCAUGAGCCGAAUAAGAGAGUUCCUCAACGACCACCCGGGCGAACUCUCAAGUCUGCUUCAAGACGCAUACGAAAAGGUGGAAAAAGCCCGCGAUGAUCUAGGGGAAACAGAACAGAACUAUCUGGAAGAUGAGAGCGAUUUGACUGGCGCCGAGUGGAUGUUCAUGGACCAAGAAGACCGAUUCUAUCAGUGGGAUAUCCACAGCAUCCUCCCCGACGAAAACAACGCAGACACUACCUUUACAAUAGGGAACUUGAGUGAAACUAUUCCACAUACUUCAGCUUAUAGUACACCCCUACCUUCGACAGGAUCGCCAUCCCCGGACCAGUUCUUACCACCUCCACCUCCACCGCCUCCUCCACCUCCUACGCAUCGUUAUUUUACCUCGUACGACCCGGUUAACCUUUCUUCAGCGACCGAUAUUGAUCAAGGAUAUGAUACUAUGAUGGCCGAGGUGAAUACAUUGAAGAGAGAGUUUGAGCAAAUACGCCACAAGCAAGCCUGCGACCUCGAGUGGAGGGACGAGCAGGACGUAUACCUUCCUGGAAUCGACGUCGUUUCUGAUAACAGCUCCAAAGAUGGUGCGAGUGGGAGCGGUGAUAUCGUAUACGAGAUCUUCAUUCUCGAAGCGAGAGCUCAGCGUUUGAAAGCCGAAGCGAUGAUACAGGGUUUGGACACAUCAAUAUCCAGCACAUUCGAUCAGGCCCGCACCAACAUGCGCGACUCCCAUGAGACGAACACAAACGGAAAUUGCCCCUUCCUCGUUACGUGA